AUGUCUAUCAUUUCGAACUUUUCGCCCUACAAUUCCCCAUCAGAUUCCGAUCCCAAUGAUACUCGAUCAGACGGCUCUACCUAUGCCUCGUACCCGUCCCGCAGCUCGUCGAGUGGGUUCUCCACUCCCAGCGGAACUUCUGAUGUGGGGGAUGGGAUGUCGAUCCCAGGUUCCUCCGACACCGACUCAGCUCCUGGCUCUCCUACUGGCUAUUUCGCAAGAUCACCUUACUACAGUCCACCAGCAUAUACGCACAGCUCAUCCGAGUCUGACACAGAUUCUUCGGACCAUAGGGGUAGUCCGGGCGGGAUGAACAGAACCAAGCUAAAGAAAAUCAUUGAUGAAUACGAUGAUGGUCGGGAAGAAUCAAUGCAACGUGCCCGCGACUCCCUGAGUAGAGUGCGAAAUUCCGCCAGCUCUGUAUAUGAUACCAGCCAGCUACCCGAUUCGCAAUUGUCCGCAAAGUCUAACAAGCACUUCCCAGAAGCUACUGCAAGAUGGGAUUGGAUGAAAAAGGACCAUCAGAAGGAAGUGAACAGAAUGUUUGAUGAGUAUGAACGCAGCAGGCAACAUGAUGAUGAACAAUGGGAAGAGUUCAUGAAGAGUGCUCGACAUUCAGUGACUCCAGACAGUACUGCUGUGGAUCAUAGUUCUGAUACUUCAAAUACUGCUUACCCUUCUGUUUCAGGGGUUGAUCAAAGUCACGAUCGCACUCAAAGUCAGAGGGAUCUCGACUCCAGAUUCGAAGCGUUAGAUAAAAUUCAAGACGAAUUCUGGGAUGAAUUGAGGCAUGGCAGUGGAACCGAAGGUCACAAGGAACGCCUCCAAAAUAAUGAGAAAAAACAGAAGGUAUUUUUCGAUAGUUGGAAGGGAGAUAUUCAGCAGCCUUCUGGUCUCCCUACUUCGUCCCAGAUCUCAUACUGA